AAAACCAGGCCUCUUGUGACAAGCAAAGGGUAUCGAUGGUCGACCUCGGCAGUGUCGCCGACAAACUCGAUGGAUGGACCCGAGCCUGAGACCUGGGCUUGCUCUCCCUCCCUCCCAAACACACAUCAGUCGGCUUUGGGAGAUCUACCCGUUGGCGACUGGCUUGUUUUCAACUGCUUCUUCCCCCGAGCUCCUGACUAAGACCGCGAGGCAUCGGUCAUCGGCUCCAGCGUGUCUCGCCGACCGCGAGGAGAUUCGUCCAGCGCAUCUGCUAGUUUUUCUCGGCGGCGGCGGCGGCGCCGCCUCGUCUCUCCAGGCUCAGCCUGGCAAGCUCUUGUUGCCCGCCAACUGCGAAAUUCAAGGGCCCCUGAGCAAUAGAGGCACUUGGGGGCGCACAGAACACCACCAGCGCGAUCCGCCUGGAAAACUGACACCUGCACACGCUCGGCCUCAACGCCCGUGCCUCUUCCCCCUCCUUCUUGCUACAUCGAAGUAUUUGGACGCUUUUUCGUAA